CCCUCUGCCCCGCGGCAGGGGCAGCCGGGCGGGCCGGGGAGAAGGAGCGACGCACGCCGAGCUCGGGAGGCGGCUGCGGGGAGCGGAUCCCUGUCCCGGCCACUGUGGGAGGCGGGGGCCCAGCGAGGAAGGCGAGGAUAAAUGGGUGUGUAUGACUUUUCCCCUGAUCUAAAGUGGUUCCAUGUCUUGUUUGGACUGCUCCUGUAUUCUGCGUACACCAAUUGAAUCAAUCAGACCAGAAGAGCUAUCACAGAGCAGCAUCCAUGAAUGCCUGGCUGAUUCUGAUCUAGCCUGGAUUCCCCCAUCUACAGGGAAGAAUGAAAUGGUAUUUUGCUCCUCUAAUGUCUCUCAUUAUGAACUCCAGCUGGAAAUAGGAAGGAGGUUCAACAAUUUAACUUCAGUGUACCUUGCACGGCAUACACCUACAGACAGGCAAGUUGCUGUAAGGAUCACAGACCUUGAAAACUGCUCUGAAGAGCACUUGAAAGCCUUACAGAAUGAGGUGGUUUUAUCACACUUUUUCCAGCAUCCCAACAUAAUGACAUUUUGGACAGUGUUUACAGCUGGAAGCUGGCUUUGGGUCAUCUCCCCAUUCAUGGCCUAUGGUUCAGCUAGACACCUGCUGAAGACUUACUUUCCUGAAGGAAUGAGUGAAGCUUUGAUAGGAAACAUUCUGUUUGGUGCAAUCAGAGGAUUAAAUUAUAUGCACCAGAAUGGAUAUAUUCACAGGAAUAUUAAAGCUAGCCACAUUCUGAUUUCAGAGGAUGGGCUGGUUUCUCUCUCUGGCUUAAACAACCUCUACAGUUUAGUUAGCAAUGGACAGAAGUCAAAGGUGGUGUAUGAUUUCCCCCAGUUUAGUACAUCUGUGCUUCCUUGGCUGAGUCCUGAACUACUGAGACAGGAUUUGUCUGGCUAUAACAUGAAGUCUGACAUUUACAGUGUGGGAAUUACAGCAUGUGAAUUAGCCAAUGGACAUGUUCCAUUUCAAGAUAUGCCUCGCACUCAGAUGCUGCUGCAAAAGCUGAAAGGUCCCACCUACUAUCCUUGGGAUAUAAAUACCUUUCCUCGAGGGGAAUCAAGGAUGAAGAAUUCCCGAUCAGGUGUUGAUUCUGGAAUUGGUGAGAGCAUGACACGCACAAUGACCAGUGAAAGACUUCAAAUGCCCUUUUCCAAAACAUUUUCACCUGCUUUCCACAACUUGGUAGAACUUUGCUUGCAACAGGACCCUGAGAAAAGGCCAUCAGCAAGCAGUUUGCUUUCGCAUACGUUCUUCAAACAGAUAAAGGAACAAACACAGAAUUCACUACUGUCCCUAUUACCACCUCCUAUUCAAAAUAACAGAUCAGAGUUCUUGGCACUGCCUUCAACAGCAGUUGGGACUGAACUUGGACAUAUUGCUACAAAUCAAGAUGAUACAGACUGGGAAUUCUAAAUAAAUACCAAUGAUACCUCUCCAGUGUUUCAGAGAAGGAAAAUGUGAUUUGUAUUUGCUGCUUUUGUAUGAUUAAAAUACAGUUAGACCAAGUAUACUUGAAAUGACAUGAAGUGCUAUAAUUCAUUAACUUCCUCUUGGCAUCACAAAAUGCAGUGUGCCUCACUCUCUGUAAGGAAAACUGUGUAUAAAGAAUGGCUGAAUCUCACCUUUCUCUUUCAAAGUCUUCCUUAACAAGAGAGUCCCUGCUGUAAUCUUACUCUGUACUGUAUUAUCAGCUCAUAGUGCUGCAGUCCACAUGCCUUUCUGAAUUCAGGCCUGGGGUUUGGCUGUGAUCUUACCUAAACAUCUAUUUGUCUUUUCAUUAUCACCCAAAUCAUUUUAAUAAGGAGAAAUCCUCCACUUCCAAGUUGAAAUGUGAAACUGCACAGAUUACUUGCUUAUGUAAAUAAAUGUUUCUCUCUCAAAAGACAUUUUUCUCACUUGACAUGCUGUCAUAUUUGUCAAAAGUUAGCUAUUAAUAAUUUUUCAUGCAGUUUUAAUACUGUGUUUUUCCCAGAGAAGUUAACCUUCUUGGAAGUAGGACUCCUGCUCUUGCGUCUGUUCACAUUCUUAGUACAAAUCUGGGCUUUUGCACCUCUGUUUAUUGUUGUAUCAUUUUAGCAGUUAAUCUGAGGAUAGUUUUGAGGACAAAGUAAUUUGGCUUUCCUUCCUAAAUGCAUAUUUAUUAAUAUUUGACCCAGAUGCUGGUGGCAUGGCAAUGCACACAUUUCUCUACAUUGCUUCUCUUUUGACUUUCAGUCAGGAUAUUUUUUUGGCAAUUUUUCUUUUUCCUUAUGCUGGACUUGUAAAAUGACACAUUUUGGGUAGUUUGGUGAACCAUGGCCUACAAAGGUGCUCUGCUUGAAUAUCAGCAUCACAAGCAUUUAAAAUGGAAGAAUUUUACUGUUCCAGUCUUCGUUCGUACUCUUACUGUGAGACUUUUUAACAGUUUCAAAUUUAUAGAAAUUUCUUUUUAAUUUUUUUUUUCAAAAGUGGUUAUCGGUUUGUUUGUUUUGGGAUUUUUUGGGGGGUUGUUUUGAGUUUUGUUUUUGGGGUGAGAAGGGGUGGAGAGUACCCUAAAGUACAUUAAUCUGUUUAUUUUGUUUAUUUUCACUGUGGCGAUUAACUAUUACAUCUAGCAGUGCGUAUGGAUGUUUAUCCACGAGAAGAUCUUGCUUUUUGUCUCUGUA